UUUCCUCCUGCGCGUCCAAGUCAUAAGUCAGAACAGCGGCUGCUGCUUCAGUAGGGACUCCACCCGUGUGGCUUGAUCAUAGGUAUAUGCUUUAGCGAUCAGCGACAGAUUGGAGAUCACACGGAAUCGCGGAAUGAUAGAUGUAUGAUAUUAUCGAGCUGGGCGGCCUGGCAACGAGUUUCAAAGCACCAUUCCGCUCCACCCAGGUGCAUACGCCAUUGGCACUCGUCGCCUCGAGUAAUCUACUAGCGUCGCCGAUCGCCGACGCGUCUGCCGAAAGCAGCAGCCCGUUUGACGCGCGCCGUGUCCCGCCCCUUCUCCUGUCCCGAUCCCGGACGUACCUCGACGACGGGGGUUGGGCGGGUGAGAGGACCCGAUCCGGGAAAACACCCCUCUUGACACACACACUUACGAGCGGCCAGCGGCCAGCGGCCAGCGGACAUUCAGGCGAUUCAAUGCCAUGUCGGUCUGGCCUAGCCCCCCCCGCCCUGUUCGUGGUUCGGGCCAGGCCCGGCACACAGCGCUCGCCAACACAAAGCGUUUGCCCCGUCUCGUCUCAGCUUACAUCCUGCUACAUUUACAACGUGCCCCGCGGAGCUAGGCACUCAGCGCCGAGGGAUGAAUGAAUGGGAUCUUGCUUAAUGAAUGAGGCGGCUAUGUGCGCGGCCUUGCAAUGUUCGGGCUGGGGUCAGCGGCGCGAGGGGAGUGCGACACC